AUGGACGCUAAGGAUUCCUCCUCGGGGGCCGGGGCUGAGCUCACGCCGAUCAGUCCGGCCGUGCCGCCCGCGUCUCAACCGUCGGAUCCACAAUCAUCGCAGACCGCACCGUCAGUAAAGACAGAGCGCAAUGCGCCUGCCAAGGUCCGCAAGCCUCGCAGGGCUGCAAAUGCAUCCGCGGGGAAGUCGACACUGUUUUGGGUCCAUACGGACCCGGAGUCAGCGUCGGGGGGCACGAAGGAGGAGACGUUGAAGCGGAUUCGGUCUCACGUCAUGUCAGAACACAAUCGGAAAAAGCGUCUGGAGAGCACCAAGCGGUAUAAGGGCAAGUCUUGGAAGCAUCUUUCCUUUCAAACACCCGAGACUGUACCCGGUCCCAUAGGGCCGUCGCCUCCUCCACCACCCUCAUCCUCGUCCUCGUCCUCGUCCUCGCAUGGCUCUCAACAAUUUGUUGACGAGUCAGACGUGAAGCAGGAAUUGACCCCGGAGACCACCCCUCCUGUCGACUACUACCCAGAUACAUCGCAGCAAGUGUGGUACAAUGACGAAGUAGUGGGCUACCAAGAUCAAUCGUCAUCGCUUGCAACGUGGUCGGUGGUGGGGUCAGGUGCCCAUGAUCCCUUCAAUACCGGACAUACACAGCUCACAGAUCGAAUGAUGCGACAUUUGCAAAAUUUCCUUUGGGAUCUAACGCAAGAAGCACACCCAUUACAAACCCGAUAUAAGCCCAAACUGCAGGCGCACUGGGCAUCACUGAUCCAGCGCGACCCGGCUGUCCUGCACGCUACAAUAUGUGUGGCCACUUCCAAUGCGGCCAUGCAGCGAGGGGAAUUACCGGUUCGAGAUCCAAAUCAGACACGCAGCGCGCUAGUGGUAGAUACUUUUCAUCACCGCGGUGAAACCAUUCGAUUGGUGAAUGAAGGCUUGUCGGAUCCCGUCAAAGCCUCGAGUGACGAACUGAUUGCUGCUGUUUCUGCUCUUCUGACGAUCGAGAUCGCAUCGGGAAAUCCGGAUUAUCUCAAGAUUCACUUGGCGGGCUUACGGCAAAUGAUCGGACUACGUAAGAACUUUGCGGAUGUCCCACCAGAUGUUCGCUUUCAGAUAUCAUGGACGGAUAUCCGAGUCGCCUGCAUGGCAAUGACAAGACCCAUUUUCCCUUUUGUCCGAUCAAUUCGACCCAUGGGGCUCACUCUCGCGCCGCCUAAUGAUGAUAUCGCUCUUCUUGCCACCCGCCUUCUCCCCUUGAUCAAAAUCCCAGGAAUUUUCAGUGAUUUGUUUGCCAAAAUCAUCUAUGACCUCCUCGAACUCACUUGGUAUGCGGAAUGGAUCAAGGGGACUACUGGAUACAAAGAUUUCAAUGAAGAGACCGAGGACUACUUCAAUUUCGAAGUGGUGUAUGUGGAGUACGCACUCCAUUCGGACCGGUACACACCCACUGGCCAAGCCAAGGGCGAUAAUUCCAUCGAGGGCUGUGUUCGCCUAGCCUGUCUAUGUUUCCACAACAGUGCAAUCUGGAACUUCUAUCCAAUGAUCGCACCGCUGCUGCCGAAACCCAUCACCGCCCUCCGUGCCGCGUUGGAAGCCACUAUCCCAUCUGGCGUCUUCGCCCUCUGUCGCGAUCUUUUGAUAUGGCUACUAUUCGUUGGUGCAGCAUGCAGCCAAGUGAUGCCAUUGGAACGCACAUUUUUUGUCUCGGAGCUCGCAACAGCUUGCCGCCUACAUGGUGUGACGUCUUGGCAGGAAGCCCGGUCCAUCCUCCUGGGCUUCUUCUACGUCGAUCGUGUCCACCUUCCUAUGCUACGUCAGAUAUGGCAGGAGGUCCAACUACAGUCGGAUUUCUCGGCUGCGCGAUGA